GCCAGGUGAUGCUUGUCACAACUGUAAGGAAGUGGGGCAUUGGAAGUACAACUGUCCCAAGAGAAGAGGGCAACAGAAGAAACAAGGUUCGGUUGCCGUGGCAGAAGUGGACAAUAGUUCUGAAGACGAUCUCGCCUUGGCUGUAGAUGAGAAGGCACAUCGUGGGGAUGUGUGGUUUCUGGAUACUGCAGCCUCAUACCAUAUGUCUCCGAACAGGGAUUGCUUCACAACCUACGAGCAGAUAGAUGGUGGUAACGUGGUCAUGACUAAUGGAGCUGUCUGCAAGGUUGUUGGAAUCGGUCCAUAAAGGUUCGGACACAUGAUGGUUCGUUCUGUACCGUGAAUGAUGUCAGGCAUGUUCCACGAAUGACAAAGAACCUGAUCUCCUUGAGUCUACUCGACAGCAAGGGUUUCAGUUUCAAAGGAAAAGGUGGAGUUGUGUAUGUCUGCAAAGGUUCAAGGAUGGUGCUGAAGGGCGUGAAGCGUGGAACCUUGUAUGCAUUACAAGCGUCAGUGUUGUCUGGUUCUGCUGCAGUUGCAUCGUCUCAGGUUCAUCAGGAAGAUAUGACCACUCUCUGGCACAUGAGACUGGGGCAUAUGAGUGAACGGGGGAUGCAAGUUCUGUCAAAGAGGGAUCUUCUUUGCGGGCACAAGAUGCAGAAUUUGGAAUUCUGCGAGCAUUGUGUGUUUGGGAAGCUACAUCGCAGCAAGUUUCCCAAGAAGGGUAUCCACCGGACGAAGGGGAUACUGGAUUACCUCCACUCCGACUGUUGGGGUCCUUCACGAGUUGAAUCCAUUGGAGGCAGCAGGUAUUUUCUGUCUAUUAUUGAUGAUUAUUCGAGAUUUACUUGGAUUUUCAUGAUGAAGCAGAAAAGUGAGGCUUUCACGAAGUUCAAGCAGUGGAAGACAUUGGUGGAGAAUCAAACCGGGAAGAAGAUCAAGAAGCUGCGAACGGACAAUGGUCUGGAGUUCUGUAGUUCUGAGUUCAACGAAUUCUGCAAGGAUGAAGGGAUUGCCCGUCAUCGGACUAUGAGAGAUAUACCCCAGCAGAAUGGCGUUGCAGAAAGGAUGAACCAGACAUUGUUGGAGAGAGCACGGUGCAUGCUCUCUAAUGCUGGACUAGAGAGAAGAUUCUGGGCAGAAGCAGUGAACAUGGCGUGCUUCCUGAUCAACCGUGGACCUCACACAGGUAUCGAGUUGAAGACUCCUUAUGAGGUGUGGUAUGGUAAGCCUGCUGAUUACUCUUCAUUGAAAUUUUUUGGGUGUCCUGUUUAUUAUCAUGUGGAUGAGGGUAAACUAAACCCAAGGGCAAAGAAGGGUGUACUUGUGGGUUACGGAGAUGGAGUUAAGGGAUUUCGAGUCUGGUCACCUUCUGAGCAUCGAGUUAUACUCAGUAGAAAUGUGAUAUUUGAUGAGAAGUCUAUCUUUAACCCCAUGUUGAAGGUUACUGUUGUUGAAGGUAGCAGGAAUGUUGAUAAACAGGUGGAGCUGCAAACUCUCAAUGAGAGUGAGUUUGAGCACCAAGGUGGAGAAGAUCAACAUGAUGAGGAUGUCUCUGCAGAGCCAGAAAUUUCGGAGUCCAGUGCACGAGCUCAACAGUCUAUUGCUUCCGGUAGACCGAAGAGAGCGACUGCAGGAGUACCUCCACAGAGGUAUGGCUUCGAGGACAUGGUGGCGUAUUCAUUUCAGGUUGCUGAAGAAGUGGAUGCAGGAGAGCCACAGUCCUACAGAGAAGCAGUUUCGGGUGGCGAAGCUGAUCAGUGGCUUGCCGCAAUGGGAGAUGAGAUGGAAUCCCAUGACAGGAAUCAGACUUGGGAGCUAGUCAAACGACCACAAGGAAGGAAGAUUGUUACAAACAAGUGGAUCUACAAGAAGAAGGAUGGAAUCACUUCUAAAGAGGGCAUGAAAUUUAAAGCUCGGGUGGUUGCACGAGGCUUCUCGCAGAGGGAAGGAGUUGACUACAAUGAGAUUUUCUCACCAGUGGUCAGACAUACUUCGAUCAGAGUGCUACUAGCAAUAGUGGCACAUUAUGACUUGGAGCUCGAGCAGCUAGACGUGAAGACAGCUUUCCUACAUGGAGAGUUGGAGGAAGAAAUUUACAUGACUCAGCCAGAAGGAUUCGAGGUUCCUGGAAAAGAAGACUAUGUUUGUAAGCUGAAGAAGUCCUUGUAUGGACUUAAGCAGUCUCCGAGGCAGUGGUACAAGAGAUUUGACAGUUACAUGCUUGAGCUGGGCUAUAGCAGAAGUCCAUAUGAUUGUUGUGUGUAUCACAACAAGGUGGAGGAUGGUUCGAUGAUCUAUCUUGUUCUGUAUGUGGAUGAUAUGCUCAUAGCUGCGAGGUCGAAGUCUGAUGUCCAGAAGUUAAAGGGGCUUCUCAGUGCUGAGUUUGAGAUGAAGGAUUUGGGAGCUGCUCAAAAGAUCUUGGGUAUGGAGAUUUAUAGGGACAGGUCGAAGAAGAAGCUUUUCUUGUCACAGAAGAGCUACAUCCAGAAGAUACUGUCGAGGUUUGGCAUGUCUUCAGGAAAGCCCUUAAAUACUCCUAGUGCUUCAAAUGUUCAUCUAUCCUCAGCUUAUGCACCACAGUCGGAGGCUGAGAAGGAGUACAUGUCGAGAGUCCCAUAUGCUAGUGCAGUAGGUAGCUUGAUGUACGCUAUGGUAUGCACUAGACCUGAUCUUGCACAUGCUGUUAGUGUUGUCAGCAGGUUUAUGAUACAACAUGGGAAGGAGCAUUGGCAGGCUGUGAAGAGGAUCUUUCGGUACCUUAAGGGCACACCUGAUGUGGGGAUUAGCUUCGGAAGUGAUACGGAGUGCUUGGUGUCUGGGUAUUCUGACUCGGACUAUGCUGGAGAUGUUGACACGAGGAGAUCGAUGACCGGUUAUGUAUUCACUCUUGGGAGUUCAGUAGUGAGCUGGAAGGCAACUUUGCAGUCGGCGGUGACAUUGUCUACUACUGAGGCAGAGUAUAUGGCGUUGACAGAAGCUGCUAAGGAGGGAAUAUGGUUGAAGGGACUGGUUGGUGAUCUGGGUCUACAUCAUGAUCAGGCAGUGGUGUAUUGCGACAGUUUGAGUGCAAUAUGCUUGGCCAAGGAUCAAGUCCACCAUGAGAGGACUAAGCACAUAGACGUGAGGUAUCAUUUCUUGAGGACAGAGAAGAGGAUUAAGGUGAAGAAGGUUGGCACCGCGGAUAAUCCUGCUGAUAUGUUCACGAAGCCGGUUCCAUGAUAACGAUGUAAUUGCACAUGUUUGCGGCCCUAGUUCUUAUCCGUUUGAGGGGCAUAGUCGUGUGUUUUGGCCUAUUUUACGCCGGGUUGUGCUAUUUUGUCAUGUUUCAGGUCCCAGGCGUCAAAGGGAAGGCUAACCACGAGUUUCGGGGCAUUCGGAAGUCAUUUCGGUGAGCUGGAGCCAAAACACGGGCAGCCUAAAGCAUUACACGGCCGUGUACUGCUGGCCGUGCUUUUUAUGCCGAGAGCAAAUUCAGUUUGGCCAAUUCAGCUGCAAACACGGGCACCGAAGCACGGCCGUGUUCAUUCAAAGCACGGCCGUGUCCAUCGCGAAGCACGGCCGUGUUUCCACCAGCUGCUGGCCGUGUAAUUAAACCCUGGCCGAGGC